AUGGAUGCUUUUGACUUCAAGAGCAGCCCUGAAAAGGCCUUUAUUCGCUACGUCAGAGUCGAGCCUAACGCGGAUGGGCUCAUGCACUUGCGCGAUCGAUGGAUCCCAGGUAUGGUCAAUCAUUAUCCGGCCUUAGAAGCCCUUGAUAUCCUCACUCAUGCCCUUCUCUUGGAGUGGACAUGGUGGAUUCCGGAGGUGUAUGCAGCUCAGAGUUUGAGAUCCCUCGUUUGGAUAAUCAGCACCGCGACUGCCCGCCAUACGAUGAUUGAUAUUAUCAACGUUAUAGGGAACGAACCAACCCGAUUUACGGAUAAGUCUGAAGAGGAUCAGAUGGAAGCAAUGCGCCACAAUGGACACCUUCUGCUUGUGGCCAAUUUCAGUGAGAGGAUCGUACGGAUGCUUACAGCUAAGACUUAG